AUGACGGAAAGGUUUUACUUGGGGUUUGAUUUGUCUACCCAACAAUUGAAAUGCUUAGCAAUUAAUGAUAAACUGACAAUUGUUGCUUCAGAGUCUGUUGAGUUUGAUAAGGAUUUAUCACAUUAUGGGACAGAGAAAGGUAUAUACAAAAAUGGUAAAACUAUAGAUGCCCCAGUGGCUAUGUGGUUUGAAGCUAUCGAUUUAAUAUUUGAGAGAUAUAAAGAAAGAAAGUUUCCAUUGGAAAAGGUUGUUGGGAUUUCAGGAUCUUGUCAACAACAUGGUUCUGUAUUUUGGUCAGAAAAGGCGGACUCUUUGCUGAAGACAUUAACUGCUACAAAAACUUUAGUCGAGCAAUUAGUUCCUCAUUCAUUAACGAGGAAGACUGCUCCAAAUUGGCAAGACCAUAGUACCGCCAUGCAAUGUGAUGAGAUGGAAACUGCAGUUGGUGGCAUGGUUGAAAUGGCACAAAUCACUGGUUCAAAAGCUCAUUUUAGAUUUACUGGUCCACAAAUCUUAAAAGUUGCAGAGGAUGAGCAUGAGAACUAUGACGAGACUAGCUGUAUUAGUCUGGUGUCUAGUUUCUUACAAUCAGUGUUAUGUGGAAAAUUGACACCUUUAGAGGAAUCAGAUGCAUGCGGCAUGAACUUAUAUGACAUUGAAAACCAUUGCUAUGACAAGCAACUGAUCUCUCUAAUCGAUAGCAAAAACCAAGGAUCGGAUCUAACAAAAAAAUUGUUAGGUGAUCCUAUAAGCAGUACUAAAAAGCCUUUAUGGACUGCUAAUGUUUCAGACUACUUUGUUAAGAAAUAUAAUGUUAAUGCAUUAUGCAGUAUAUAUCCAUUCACUGGAGAUAACUUGGCAACUAUAUGCUCCUUGCCAUUACAGAAGAAUGAUGUGCUAGUUUCACUAGGUACAUCAACCACGGUGCUACUAGUGACCGAUUCAUAUCUCCCAUCUCCUGACUAUCACAUGUUUAUUCAUCCUACUAUUCCACGUCAUUACAUGGCAAUGAUUUGUUAUUGUAAUGGAUCACUGGCAAGAGAAAAAGUUCGAGAUCAGCUAAACAACGAUAAUAGCGGCAGUUGGGAAAGGUUCAAUAAGGAAGUGUCAUCAAAGGAUGAUAAAAGUUCAGAGAAUGAAAUCGGUGUUUACUUCAGUUUAGAUGAGAUUGUUCCAAGCGUUAACGCUAUACAUAAAAGAGCUAAAUUUGAUGUGAGCACAGGAAACAUCACUGAGUUUGUUGACAAAUUUGAGAAUGACAGCAAAAACAUUGUUAAGUCACAAGCUUUGAGUUGUAGAGUGAGAAUAACUCCACUAUUAUCAAAUAGCUUAAAAGGUUCAACAUCCACAGGCAAUGGCAAUAUAAUAAAUUAUACAAGUGAGAAGGUAAAGUUUGAUUUUAGCGACCUACCAUUAUCAGAUUAUAUGAAGGCCCGUCCAAAUAGGGUCUUUUUCGUCGGAGGAGCAGCCAAAAAUGAUUCUUUAAUCAAAAAAUAUGCAGCGAUAUUGGGAGCCAAGAAUGGUAAUUUCAGAUUUGCUAAUACCAGUAAUUCGUGUGCUUUAGGUGGGUGUUACAAAGCACUAUGGUCUUAUUUGUAUAAUAAUGAAGAAACAACGUCAGAAUUUGAUAAAUUCUUAAAUGAAAAAUUCAAUUGGGAAGAACUAGAGCACUUCUAUGAUUCGAAUGAAGAAGAGUGGCGAAGUUAUUCGAUAUAUAUAAAACCAUUAAGUCAUUUAGAGUCCUCUCUAUCAGAGUAA